AUGCUUAAUGAAAGAGGACAAUGGAGCAAUAAAUUGGAGUUUCUACUGGCUGUGGCAGGAAAUAUUGUUGGUCUGGGAAACGUCUGGAGAUUUCCAUACCUGUGUUUCAAAAAUGGAGGAGGGGCCUUCCUGAUACCUUACUUUCUGUUUGCUGUGACUUGCGGUGUGCCUCUUUUUUUGUUGGACAUUUGUAUUGGUCAGUAUACAAAACAAAGUCCAGCAUUACUUUGGGGGAGACUCUGUCCAUUAGCAGAAGGUUUUGGACAUGGAGCCUAUAUAAUUUCAUUUUACAGCUGCAUUUGCUAUAAUAUGCUCUUGGCUUGGGCUCUUUUCUACUUCAUUAAAUCUUUAAGCUCCCAGUUACCAUGGACCACUUGUGGCAAUCUUUGGAACACAGUGAACUGUGUAGAACUCACAUCAAACCAGACUAAUAUGAUUCCCAACAGCACUCAUGGAAAUUUUAGCAUUUCUUCAGUCAUUGAAUUCUGGGAGGGAAGAGUGCUGAACAUAUCCCCAGGUAUGGAGAUACUGGGUAAUUUGAACUGGGAGAUUUUUCUCUGUUUACUGGUGAGUUGGGCAGCCUGUUACUUCUGCAUCUGGAAAGGGGUCAAGUCAACUGGAAAGGCAGUGUAUUUUACAGCCACCUUUCCAUAUGUUAUGUUGUUCUUGCUGCUGUUGAGAGGGCUAACUUUACCUGGUGCACUGACUGGUAUAAAGUAUUACUUGUAUCCACAACCUUCACGCCUGAUGGACCCACAGGUUUGGAUUGAUGCGGGGACUCAGAUUUUUUUCUCCUACAGUUUGGCGACUGGUAGCUUAACUGUUCUUGGAAGUUACAAUAGUUACAAAACUAACUGCUAUAGAUACAGCAUUUGGUUGUGUGUGCUCAAUAGCUGCACUAGUUUCAUAGCUGGAUUUGUGGUCUUUUCUGUUCUUGGGUUCAUGGCAGAGAAGUUGGGAGUUGACAUUGAAGAUGCAGCAAAGCCAGGUCCAGGUCUGGCAUUCAUAACCUACCCUCAGGCAGUAGCCAUGAUGCCUCUGCCACAACUGUGGUCAGUCUGUUUCUUCAUCAUGCUAAUUUUAUUGGGCCUGGAUACACAGUUUGUUGGACUUGAGCUGAUAACAUCUUCAGCAAUUGAUAUGUUUCCCAACGUGCUGCGGAGGCCUUACAGGAGAGAGAUUUUCCUUUUUUUCUUCUGCACUGGCUGCUUUUGCUUUCAAAUUCUAAUGACAACUCAGGGAGGAGUCUACAUCUUUCAGCUUAUUGACUAUUAUGGAAGUAGUGGCGCUUGCUUACUUUUUAUGUGUCUAAUUGAAACUCUUGUAAUUGGCUGGAUUUUUGGAGCUGAACGCAUGUUUGCUGUCAUUGAGGACAUGUGUGAUCAACCACCGUGUGCAUUUUUCAAAUACUGCUGGCGUUAUUUCACACCACUGAUGUGCCUUGGAGCUUUCAUUUUUUACCUGUCAAAAUACAAGCCCCUCAUGUAUAACAAUGUUUACGUUUAUCCAAACUGGGCUUAUGGUCUUGGAUGGCUCAUGACCACAUUUUCACCUGUACUGGUCAUUACAUGGGGUUUGGUGAAGCUAUGCACCCACUCAGGAUCACUUAAGCAGCGCUUUAAAACUCUGUGUACUCCAGAUAAAAAACUCCCGAUGACUGGAAUGCAAAGAGCACAGAUGCAGAUCAGUGAGACUCUAAUGACAGAAAUAUGA